GUGGCGGUAAUGCACUCUUCAACCCUUGUUAACUGAAGGAAGAAGAAGACGCGCUUCCGCUUUCAUUACGUCCAUGCUGAUUUGAUUCUGUUUCUCUGAACCUGAAUCUGUUUUAUUCAUUUCACCAUGUCUAUUAAAUUAAAUGCUCUUUUCAGCGACUCAUAUGUGGAUGUAAGCCAGUAUAGAGACCAACAUUUUAAGGGCAACCGUUACGAGCAGGAGAAGCUGCUGAAGCAGAGCUGCUCGCUGUAUGUGGGAAACCUGUCCUUCUACACCACAGAGGAGCAGGUGCAUGAGCUCUUCUCCAAGAGCGGAGACGUCAAGAGGAUCGUCAUCGGCCUCGACAAAGUCAAGAAGACCGCCUGCGGCUUCUGUUUCGUCGAAUAUUACACUCGUGCUGAUGCUGAGAAUGCCAUGAGGUUUAUCAAUGGCUCGAGGCUGGAUGACCGGAUCAUCCGAACGGACUGGGACGCAGGCUUUAAAGAGGGCAGGCAGUUUGGCCGGGGCAAGUCAGGCGGGCAGGUCAGAGAUGAGUACAGGCAGGACUAUGACCCCGCCAGAGGAGGUUAUGGGAAGCUGGUGCAGAAGUCUUGAACAUGCCUUUCGCCAGAAUUUUUUUAAACGUUUGCUUUUCUAGGUUAACAAUGAACACGGACAGGGCUGCGCAGUAACAGAUCCAGUGUGUGCGAUGUACAUAUUAGAGUUUAGUGCUUUAGGAAUAUUCAUGCCUGAAAUUCAUCUAGUCUGGAAUGUAUAGGCUUUCUUUCUUUUUUUUUCUUUUUAAUAAAUUGUGUUUAAUAUAAACUGCCUUGUAAAAGCCCCACUGUUUGUCUUUAGAUGCAUCUACUGCAUGCGUAAUCCUAAAUGUAAAAUGUGUCUCCCAGUGAAUGUAGUCUGGUUUGCUGACAUUAACUGGAGCUCAGAAGAGUGAACAGGGCAAUAAUCAGCACUGAUGUAAAAAAAAAAAAAAAAAGACAUCGUGUAAUUAGUGCACAACUCCUUGGAUCAGUUUCAGUCAUUACACAAUUAAACAUCAACCCAUUCUAGUGUUUAUAAAACUAUUUUAUUACUUAAAAAAAAAGGAUUCUAAACUAUUUAGACAUGUCUCAAAUUUUGAUAACAGGGUUGCAAAUACUCAAUUUACACUGGCCUUCUAAGGUGGAAAAUCAGCAUUUUGUGAGGGUUAAGCGCCUCCUUUCAUAAGCGUUUGCAAACACAACGACAGACACGGCACUGCUUAUUCAACAUGGUUUUAUGUAUUUUUAAAUAAUGAUGAAACUAGUAGUCAGAAACUCAGUCUGAGGUUAUGAUUCGUUGGUUCAAGUAACUAAAUGACAGUAUCGCUCUUGAAUGCUGGGUCAACUGACAACAGUAUAAAUCUACUAUCCUGACAUUUUUGUGCCAAACUGCAUCACAAGAGAGAAAAACGCUCAUCACACAGAACAGAAAAGAUGGCCAUAAAGAUGACGACUCGAGCACAUCACAAACGCAAGAAUCAAAUAUAGCUUGGCUUUCAGCGUUUGUAUGAACCAAUGACAGAACGGCAGGUUUAGCUGAUAUUUUUCAGAUCAGUCUUCACCAUUAAAAAGAGUAUAAAUAAAAGGCAAAAACCUGCAGCUUUCACUGCAACAACCUCACUGCUCAUUUAACAAUGACCUUUAACUGACUUCCAUUAAUGACAAAUCUACAUGCUACAAAAUCAUUUUAACUGCUGACGCAUUCGAGGAACAACAACGGAAAGUGCUCAGAAGUGAGAGAACGGCAGAAUGGCCAAAUAAUGCUGGCGGUUUACAGCAGGCAGCCUGAUGUUGAGCAUCAAUCCCGCGGCUUUUUCAUUAGAAACAUCUGGGAACAUAUAAAUGUUAACAAAGCAAUCUGGUCCAGGACUUUAAGGGUAUCGCCACAAGAUUUGCUUUCAAGUUACAAGCUUGACUGUACAAGUAUAAUUCUGGUCUUUGACAGUACAUUCAUUAAAAGCCUUUACAAAUGCUUCUUGUACCUCAACAACGGCGUGGCAUUUAUAAUAAGUCCUUCAAGUUUCAUGCUGCAAAGCAAAAACUGUUCUUUACGAAAAGAAACCUGAUAGAAACACAUAAUCUGUGUUACGGCUGUGUUACAAGAUGCAAAGAUGAACAAAUAAAAU